GUGGCGUGCUGUGUGCGGAGGGAGACGUGCGACUCCCGGCCCGUGACUGAGUGUGACAGUGGCAGACGUCAUGUCGAGAGCCAGACUCUGAUCCUAAAGUCAUUUCUUUUCUCCUCUUCGGUUGUCAGUGCGAGUGUGGUGAGGCGCCAUGGCUGGACCGGGGGCCAGCGGGUCUACCCAUUGGGGGAUGCGCUUUUUAGCUUUGAGUGUGUUAGUGCUUACCUUCUGCUCUCCCGUCUCUGCUGAAGAAAACGAAACUGCGCGCUUCGGAACAUGUCUCGACGGUCUAAUUGUGCCGUUGUGGUCACCUCAGGAUAACCUGACCACAGGUGACCGCGUGGCUCGCGCCAUCGUCUACUUCGUGGCCAUGGUUUGGCUCUUCAUCGGCGUCUCCAUUAUCGCUGACCGCUUCAUGGGUUCCAUCGAAAUGAUCACCUCGCAGGAGAAGGAGGUGACAGUCAAGAAGCCCAACGGUGAGACUCAGAUCAUUGUGGUGCAGGUAUGGAACGAGACGGUAGCUAACCUUACGCUCAUGGCCCUCGGCUCCUCGGCCCCCGAAAUCCUCCUCUCGGUGGUUGAAAUGUUCGCACGUAACUUUGAGGCUGGUGACCUCGGGCCCGGCACAAUCGUGGGCUCGGCCGCCUUCAAUCUGUUUGUCAUCAUCGGUCUGUGCGUGUAUGUGAUCCCUGACGGUGAGGUUCGCUACAUCAAACAUCUGCGUGUGUUCUUCGUCACAGCCUUCUUCUCUGUAUUUGCUUACAUCUGGCUGUACUUCAUCUUGGCCGAGAUUUCCUACGGUGUGGUAGAGUUCUGGGAGGCCUUCCUAACCUUCCUUUUCUUCCCCAUCACUGUGGUUCUGGCUUACAUUGCCGAUCGUCGUCUGCUCUUCUACAAGUACCUUACAAAGGAGUAUCGCAUCAACAAGCGCGGCGUGAUCAUCGAGACUGAGGGUGGUGCUGACGUUGAGCUCGGCAAGAAGGAUGAGGGAGGACCACUGUAUGACGACAACGUGGAUGAGACCGUCAAGGAGUUUGAAGAGCACCGGAAAGAGUACAUGACUGUGAUCCGCGAGCUGCGCCUCAAACACCCCAACAUCAACAUGGACACCCUGGAAUCCAUGGCUCGCGAGGAGAUCAUCAACAGGGGCCCCAAGUCUCGGGCCUUUUACCGCAUCCAGGCAACACGUAAAUUGACUGGCGGAGGCAACAUCAUGAAGAAGGCACGAGAGGAAGUGAAGACCGAAGAGAAGGAAGAAGAGGAAGAUAAGAAGGACGAUGAGACCAUUAGGAUCAUGUUCGACCCCGGCCACUACACGGUCAUGGAGAACGUGGGCACAUUCGAGGUGACGGUCGUGCGUGAGGGCGGCGACCUCAACACCACCGUUAUUGUCGAUUACAAGACUGAGGACGGCACUGCCAACGCCGGCGGUGACUACAUCGCCGCCGAAGGCACGCUUGUGUUCCUGCCCGGAGAGACGCAGAAGACCUUCACUCUUGAGGUUAUUGACGACGAAGUUUUUGAGGAAGACGAACACUUCUACGUGAGGCUGUCCAACAUGCGUCUCGGGUCUCCUGACGGCACGGCGGUUACCCAUGCUGUCAACGGCGCCGCGGGUCACCCCAACAAGCCUGUCAAGAUGGAGCUGGCGGCGCCCUAUGUGGCCACGAUCAUGAUUCUCGACGACGAUCACGGCGGCAUCUUCAACGUGGGUGAGAAGGACGUGGAAAUCGUGGAGAGCAUCGGAACCUACGAGCUGAAGGUGGUGCGUUGGUCCGGGGCGCGCGGGCGUGUGGUGGUGCCCUACAAGACCGAGGACGGGACAGCCAAGGCGGGCAAGGACUACGAAGAGGCCGAGGGAGAACUCGUCUUUGAGAACAACGAGACUGAGUGAGU